GAAAAGAGCACAGGGAAUGGACCUCCGAGCGACGGGGAGGGCCCGGAAGCCCGUGCCCGCGCACGAUGGCGGCCACGAGGCGCGCUCACGGGCAGCCAUGGCAGGCGCGAAGGCCCCGCAGCGGCAGAGGGCGCACGAGGCGGCCACGGGCGGCCACUGGCGGCCUGUCCGGCGAAGAGCCCGGGGCCGCCGCUCAGCGAGCGGGGCGCCCAUGGCGACCUCUGGACGAACGCCUCCCAGAGAUGCUCGCGUCGCAGGAAAAAAACAUCAGUGUUAGGGAAAUACCGGCAGCCGCACACGACUAGGAACAUAACAGUCUUGCAGUGUGCUCGUGCGGACAGGCGGUUCGUCUGUUCUCCUUUUAAUGUUCUCCUCGCCCCCAGGAAAUACUUGGCUUGCGCUCUCGAGCGGUAGAGGCACCGCUGCUUCGCCCAGCAAGAGUGGGCACAAAGAUUGCAAUCGACGCUGAGGCACGGCAUGUCUUCUUGCAGCUCGGCUCUGGUCGAGCGACGACACGGGCGCCUGAGCACCAUGGCUCCGACCACCCAGCCUUGGGGGCCGCGCUUUGCUCGGCGUGCUUGCCCGUCCGUCCGCCUGCGCACGCCCUCGGCCAGUACCGGAUGUGUCGAGCGAGGCAGGCGGCCUCGGCCUGUGGCGCACGCGCCGGCAGCCUGCACUCGCGGUGCUCGAGCACGUCUAUUGACGUCGUGAAGCCCUGUUUCACCUUGUUUCCUCUCUCUGCCCCCCCCUCCAGCGCCGGGUGUAUGCUGUCAAAACGCUCGCCCGCGCGUGCGCAGGUCUGUGCAGUGGUUUCGGUCCCUGCCCAGGGGCGUGCCACGCGUCAUUGGGUGCAGCACGGCCCCUCGGGCGUUGCCAGCACUUUCCAGACGUCCUUCUGCGCCGUCUUUCUGCCCUAUACCUGCGGGCUCAAGCGAACAUGAAGCCGACUGUCGCCGCUGCUAGAAAGAUGGCACGGGCGCAUCCCUGUCAUGUGCAUCUUUCUCGGGUCCUCACGCGCAUGCCGCACUGGCAAACCUAGUGGAACAGAA